GCUCUUCAAUACACAGCAGGUCAACAAAUCCAUGGAUUUACUGUUAAGGAGGUUGUAGCGGUCCCCGACUUGUUCCUCACCGCCAUCAAGUUGACACACGACAGAACGGGAGCUCAGUACCUGCACGCUGCCAGAGAUGAUCCUAACAACCUCUUCAGCGUGCAGUUCCGGACCACCCCCAUGGACAGUACGGGGGUCCCACACAUCCUGGAGCACACGGUACUGUGCGGCUCCCAGAAGUAUCCAUGUAGAGAUCCUUUCUUCAAGAUGCUCAACAGGUCACUAUCCACCUUCAUGAAUGCCUUCACAGCCAGCGACUACACCAUGUAUCCAUUUUCCACUCAGAACGCAAAAGACUUCCAAAAUCUUCUGUCUGUCUAUCUUGACGCGGUGUUCUUCCCGUGCUUGCGGGAGCAAGACUUCUGGCAGGAGGGCUGGAGGCUAGAGAACGAAGACCCCACCAAUGCCAGCUCACCCCUGGUCUUCAAAGGUGUUGUCUUUAAUGAGAUGAAAGGAGCCUUCUCGGACAAUGAGAGCGUGUAUGCUCAGCACCUCCAAAACAAACUUUAUCCUGACCACACGUACUCGGUAGUAUCCGGUGGCGAGCCACUGGCCAUUCCCGACCUCACGUGGGAGCAGCUCAAACAGUUCCACGCCACGCACUACCACCCCAGCAAUGCCAGGUUCUUCACAUAUGGAGACCUGCCUCUGGAGCAGCACCUGAAGCAGAUUGACCAGGAGGCGCUGUCUAAAUUUCAACGCAUUCACCCCAACACCCAGGUCCCAUCUCAGCCGCACUGGACCAGCCCCAGAGAAGAGCGAGUGACGUGCAGUCCAGAUGUCAUGGCUCCCGACGCCUCUCGACAGAACACGCUGUGUAUCAGCUACCUGCUAGGAGACAUCACCGACACCUUUGAAGCCUUCAACCUUAACCUACUGUCUUCUCUGAUGACCUCCGGUCCAAACGCGCCCUUCUACAAAGCACUCAUCGAACCCAAAAUCGGAUCGGACUUCUCCUCGGUGGUCGGAUAUGACGGCAGCACUAAGGAGGCGUCGUUCAGUGUCGGCUUGCAGGGGAUGGCUGAGGAGGACGAGCAGAAAGUCAAGAACAUCAUUCAUCAAACCAUCGACGAUAUCAUUCAGACUGGCUUUGAGGACGAGAGAAUUGAAGCACUCCUGCACAAGAUCGAGAUCCAAAUGAAGCACCAAUCAACCAACUUUGGUCUUGCUUUGGCCUCGUACAUUGCGUCCUCGUGGAACCACGAUGGCGACCCGGUGGAGCUUCUACAGAUUAACGACAACGUACUGAAGUUCAGACAAGCCAUGAAGGAGAACCCGCGUUUCCUCCAGGACAAAGUCCAACACUAUUUUAGGGAUAACACUCACCGACUCACCCUCUCCAUGGGUCCUGACAACUCCUACAUGGACAAACGGGCCUCGGCCGAGGAGCAGAAGCUACAGGAGAAGAUCAGCGCUCUGUCCGACAGUGACAGGAAGGACAUUUUUGAUAAAGGUCUUCAGCUGCUGGAUGCUCAAAGUAAAAGCCAGGAUGCUUCGUGUCUGCCCGCCCUCAAAGUGUCCGACAUCGCUCCCACAAUACCGUUCACUCCUUUGCAGAUGACUCAAGCAGUUUAUUUUUUAUGCGCAGGCGGCGUUGCGCUCCAGCUGUGCGAACAGCCCACUAACGGCUUGGUGUACUUUCGGGCCAUGUGCAGCCUCAACACUCUACCCGAGGACCUGAAGGUCUAUGUGCCGCUCUUCUGCAGCGUCAUCACCAAGAUGGGCUGUGGUUCUAUGGACUACCGUCAGCAGGCUCAGCAAAUGGAGCUGAGAACCGGAGACAUGUCCGUGUCCCCCCAAAUCAUUCCCGACUGCAUCCACAUGGACACUUUUGAACAGGGUGUCUUUCUGUCCUCCUCUUGCUUGGAGAGGAACCUCCCCGACAUGUUCCGGCUAUGGGGGGACAUCUUCAACAAUCCCCAUUUUGAUGACCAGGAACGUUUACGGGUUCUAGUGAUGAUGUCGGCUCAGGAGCUCGCCAACGGAAUCUCCUACUCUGGUCACAUGUACGCCAUGACGCGAGCAGGUCAACACUUGACGCCUGCCGGAGAGCUCCAGGAGACCUUUGAUGGGAUGGACCAGGUGAAGUUCAUGAAGAGGAUAGCGGAGAUGUCAGACCUCACCCCUGUCAUCCGCAUGCUUCCCAGGAUAAAGAAGCACCUCCUCAACCCAAACAACAUGAGGUGCGCCAUCAACACCACGCCUCAUCAGAUGUCCCAGUCGGUGGACCAUUUGGAGACCUUCAUGAAAGACGUGGCCGGCAACAGGAAGCUGUUCAAAGCUGUGCGGCCAAAUGUUACUGAGAGGCCGCUAGAUGUCCUCAACGUCUCUGGAGCAAGCAAGAAGCUAGUGGCUGAGCCAAAUUUCCAGCCUUGUCACAUGAAGACAUUUUUCCCGCUGCCGUUCCCUGUUAACUUUGUCAGCGAGUCCAUCCGCACCGUUCCUUAUAGCCACCAAGACUACGCCAGUCUCUGCGUGUUGGCAAGAAUGAUGACGGCCAAGUUUCUCCACGGAGAGAUCCGAGAGAAGGGCGGGGCCUACGGGGGUGGAGCCAAGAUGGGUGGAGGCGGCCUCUUCUCUUUUUACUCCUACAGGGAUCCCAACUCUGUCCAGACGCUCUCGGCAUUUAACAAAGGUGUCGACUGGGCCAAAUUGGGCAAAUUCAACCAGCAGGACAUCGACGAAGCCAAGUUGUCCGUCUUCUCUGCCGUCGACUCACCUGUGGCACCAUCGAGUAAAGGAAUGUCCCUGUUCCUACGCGGAAUUACAGACGAAAUGAAGCAACAACACCGUCGACGACUGUUUGACGUCACCCGACAGAACUUGCUGGAUGUAGCUGACAGGUACCUGAGCGUCGGGAACAAGACAUGCGGCGUUUGCGUUUUGGGCCCAGAGAACGAUGCCAUCGGAAAAGAUCCAUCUUGGGUAGUGAAAUAA